GCUGCUACGACAAUUCCUCCAACUGACCAACCAAUUAACCAUGGUAAGCUGGUUACUGUCAAUACUUUUCGAUAUAGUAAAUAUGGCGAUGACAUUUCGCAACAUGACAACUUCACGUAAAAUCCAUUUUUUCAGGGUUGAAUGUAAUGACCCUGAGAAGGUAGCUUAUCGAUUCACUUUGGAAACAAACUACCAAUUAAUUUGAGGUGAUUGAAUCACGCAAGUAGCUACGCAAGUGAUGUACUUUUUGAAAAGCCACACUGAAUGAUUCUUUUGGACUCCAUAACCCUUAGUUCAGUUUCUAUCAUCGUAAAGCUAUUCGAUAUCCAAGUCUUACUUAUAGGUAAUGUCGAGUGUGGAACCAGAGUACAAACUUCUAGAAUCGUGGGAGGAACCAUCGCCAAACCAGGAGCUUGGCCGUGGCAGGUGACUAUGGAUUACAAAAAACAUAACGAGAAACCUCAUUUGUGUGGAGGCUCAAUUGUGAGUCCACAGUGGGUUGUUUCAGCGGCUCACUGUUUUGCAUCUGGAGUUAAUCCUCAGGAAUACAGGAUUGUAGCAGGUGAAGGAACAUCCCAAUAGUCAACGCUCCUUUAAAAAAAACGACACGAAUUUAAUUUAACAAUGAGAAAGAGCGUACAAAGAAGAAGAGAGAGAAAAACGCAAUAAAGAAGGACUUAAAAGAGAGAAAGCUCUCAAGCGUCUUCAGUGUAACAGCGGGGCUUCUCUUUACUUUUUUUGAAUCAGCAAACCGCCAUUGAAAUUAAUCAAAAUGAGCAGAAUAUUAAUAGCGACUGUUUAGCAUCCUUUCCUGAUCGAGGUAGUUGAAAAAUACCUGACACUUUAAUCCCGAAAAAAAUAACAGUUUUGACCUAAUCCUCCUUUUUGGACCGAUGUCCGCGAAUUUUGGUCGGUCUGCUUUCCAGGAAAGGAACCCGUUUAAUCAGCAAAGAGUAGGAGGUGAAUGGCACAAUUUGCAGUGCAUUUUCCCCAAAUGUUGCUUGUAUUUUUUUGUGUAAUUUGCGAAAUGAGGUACCUAUGGACACAUGCACCCUUGUUGAUUUUGCUGCUUACCAUCUUAGGAUAUUAAACGGAAAGCUAAAUAGGUCAGGAAAGAGGUCUAUAUGGACCCAAAAGAGUCAAUUAAUGCCAAGAAAAUGAGCAUGAUCAGUUGAUACUUAAUUUGAUAUUUGCGAUUGCACAGGUAAAUAUAACCUGAAUGGAAAAGAAGGCUUCGAGCAGAACAUCCCAAUCCAGAAAAUCAUUAUUCAUCCCAAAUAUAACACUCUUAAAAACCACGAUUAUGACUUGGCUCUUAUCAAGCUCCAGUCUCCUCUAACCUACAAUAACCGCGUGCGGCCUGUGUGCUUACCAAAGUUCGACUUUGCUGUUGGUACCAAAUGUUAUGUCACAGGGUGGGGUCACACUGAAGAAGCAGGGGACAUCCCCCAGGUAAGAAACUUUCUAUUCUCCAGUUGCACCGAACCUCAGUAAUCAGUAUUUUGACUCUACAUUUUUGUUCCCAAAGCCCUGAUUCAGUUCAUAUUAACUGAAUGAACUAUUAAUAUGAAAAUUUCUGACCGAAUAGACAGUCAUAAAGGGUAUGUCAUUUAUAAACUGAUAUAUGUUAAAGAUUACUACGCUUGGAUCAGUUUAUUUUGGUCGAGUUAAUAACACACUGUAAGGACAAAGGCUUAAAAAUCGACGUGUCACUGUUUCUUUGUAUAUUUAUACUGCUGAAACAGCCUUUUAAUUUCUUGGUUGCAAGAAAUUCCUUUCUCUGCCAUAUAUACACCUAAUUGUAAUAACGUUGUCAUAGACAAAUGCUAAAGGGGACAAUUGUAAGAAGCAAAAUAGGAAUUAAUUAGACUUGCUUAUAAACUACUCCGGCUAAGGUUCACCAAUUUACAGAAGUUGCAUUUACAUUUGUUUUACGUUUCAAAUCCCAUGUGCUGCAAAUGAGUGCAUCCUAGAUGAGUGGUUUAUUAGUAAGCGUAAUUACUACUUUCGUUUUUCCUUUUUUUCUUUUUAGUAUUUUUCUAAGACAUCGUUAGUGCGAUUAGGUGUUCAUUAAAACCAAGGCCGGUCAUUUGUUUGAUAUGGCUCCAUUCUAAUUUGUACAGUGAGUAACCAAAUGUUAUUUCUUUUGAUAAAACGUCAGUUUCUACACCAAGCCAAAGUACCAUUGGAAUCACGUGCUACUUGUCAAGAUGCCUACCAUGAUUUAGGUUACACCAUUAGUUCGAGCAUGCGUUGUGCAGGGUAUGCUAAAGGAGGAAUCGAUGCAUGUCAAGGAGACAGUGGAGGACCGCUGGUCUGCUCUAAAAGUGAUAAGUGGUACCUGAUGGGUGCGGUCAGCUGGGGAAUAGGAUGUGGGCGCAAGGGGAGGUACGGAGUGUACGCUGACAUGAUGAAGCUAAAAUACUGGGUCCAAGAGACUAUCAACAGCGACAAUUGA